GUUCACUUCAUUUUCCUUCUCUUCAUCGUUCAAUUGCAUUCACUGAUCUCAGAUUUUUCAGGCUACAAUGGGUGUUUUCACUGAUAAAAUGGAGGUCACCACAAAGAUCCCCCCAGCUCGGAUGUUCAGGGCUCUUGUCUUUGUUCCAAAGGCCAUUCAGAAUGUUGAACUCAUUGAAGGAGAUGGAGGCACUGGAAGCAUUAAAAAGAUCAUCUUUGGAGAAGGAAGCCAAGUCAAGUAUGUGAAGCAUAAGAUUGAAACAAUCGACGAGAAGGGCUUCUCAUUCAAUUAUAGUCUCAUAGAAGGCGAUGCUCUGAUGAACAAUCUUGAGAAAAUCUCUCACGAUUUCAAGUUUAUGGCAGCUCCAAAUGGAGGUUCCAUUUGCAACAUCAGCAUCAGCAGCCAUUAUACCAUUGGUGACAUUUAUAUCAAGCAAGAAGAUGUCAAAGCGGAGAGAGAAAAGGGCUUGGGACUGUUGAAGGCUGUUGAAGCCUACCUCCUUGCAAACCGGGGAGCUUCUCAGACGAGACGUGAUCAACAGAGUUCAAUCAAUGGAGGAGGUCGGAGGUUCGACGCCACCUGCGCCAUCCGCCAACGCCUUAAGCCUUCCGACUUUGUCAUAGUCCGAGAUGCUCGAAUACCAUUGUCCUCUGCUCAUGAAGAACUGCAGCCUCACCUCUCAGCCAAAAGGCACGUUAUUGCCCUCAAUGAGAAGCUGAGUUCGAGCUUGAUGGCAGUAGCAGAGCAUCCCAGCUCGGCAGAAGCGAGGCAGUUCAGCUCGGCAGCAGUAGAGCAACCCAGCUCGGCAGCAUCAAAGCAGUCCAGCUCGGCAGCGAUAAAGUUCAAAGCAAUGCUCCAGCUCGGUAGCAGCAGAGCAGCCCAGCUCGGUAGCAGCAAAGCGGCAAAGCUCAACAGCACUCCAGCUCAGCAGAAUCAAAGCAGUCCAGCUCGGCAGCGCCAAAGCCCAAAGCAGCGCACCAGCUCGGCAGCAGCACAACAGCCUAGUUCGGUAGCAACAAAGCAGUCCACCUCGGCAGCGGCAAAGCUCAAAGCAGUGCACCGGCUCGGCAGAAGCAAGGCAGUCCAGCACCAUUUAGCCUUUCUCAGCAAACCAACUGCUUAAUUUCACUACACAAAUAACUGUUUUUCCAGCGUCCACCACUUUCACUGCCUUCAUUCUUUUCUCCAUUACUCCAUAUUUUCUAAGAUUGCAUCAUUUUCAAAUAAAAUCUCUUUCAUUUUUUGCAACCAUCUGCACAAGUUUCACCAGAUCUUAGGAAGUAGAAUCUACUACAUUUUUGCAACCCUCUGAAAACCUACUCAAAAGCCUUUUUAGCUUUUUGGAUUUUACUGUUCUCCUUCCAAAGGAUUCGAUUCUAGAUAUUGGUUUUCUGCCUUUAUAACUUUGCAUUUUGGUUUCUACUUUACAUAUAUGUAAUUAAUGAAAAUUGAUUUUGAAG